AUGAUUUUCAUGAGAAACAAUCUAAUCCAUGUUCGGAAAUUCAUCCUACCGACACUUUCGUUUGGAAUAAUUUUAUUUGCCUAUCAUUACUUUUAUAAAUCAUCGUAUAACCUACUGGAUUUGACCACGUCCAACAAGCUCAUACCGUCAAAUGCGUCCCGUGAUCAACAUAAUGGAACUUAUCUAUGGUCAUUACGUCUUGCUGAUGAGACUUAUUUCCGUAUAGCAAGUUUAUUACCAUGUCGAACUGCUGAAUAUGCUCGAGGAUCGCAGAGAUAUCAAAUGAGUACAUGUAGCAACUCCUCUACAAAUGAAUUCACCAUCGCAAAUACAUUACAAGCACAGAAAUGGCUAUUCGAUCAUCAGCAUCCGAGAAAUUGUUCGAAUAAACGAUUCGCUAUUAUUCGCAAAUUCGCAUGGUCAGGUUUUGGAUCAACAAUUCAUCAAAUUGCAUGGGCAUUUGGUAAAGCACUGACAGAUGAUCGAAUCGGUGUGUAUGAAACACCCGGUGAUUGGAUCUAUGGGAAUUGUAAAUCCAUCAAUCCAGAUUGUUUUUUCUUGCCAAUAACAAACUGUUCAGUUCCGACUGUUGUUGAUGGCACUCGAACGAUCUAUAUCAAUGCUAAUAUUGGUCAGUGGAAAGAUCCUGUUCAUCCACCUGUCUUUCAAAAUCGAACUUUCAACUGGUAUCGUGCGCAAUUGGUCUUUUAUCUCAUGCGUUAUAAACCUGAAACAUUGAUUGAAGUACAAAAGAUUAUCAAUGCAUCUUGGAAAACAUCAUCGAUAGAUUCUUAUCGUCCAUUUAUUGCUGUUUAUGUUCGCCGAUCGGAUAAGAUUAUUGGAAGAGAAAUGGAUCGAGCUUAUCCAUUGAAAGACUAUUUUGAUCUAUUUGAUGCAGACGCUCGUCGUGCCAACGUUUCCAAUAUCUAUGUAAAUUCUGAAGAUCCAAAAGCAUUCGAUGAAUUUGUUCAACUAAACCGACAAAAACAAGGUUACUACAAGUUAUUCAGUAUCAAAGCAAGAAAAAACAUUGUUUUCUCUUUGUUGCUACGCAUGCCUCGCAACCAGCGAGGACAAAUUAUCUAUGAAUUUCUCACUGAUCUAUUCAUCGAAGCAAAUGCAGAUCUUCAUGCAGGAACAUUAACUUCGAACUGGUGUCGACUUGUCGAUGAAUGGAGACUGACACUCGGAAAAGCGACAAUUUAUUACACACCAGAGAAGAAAUAUUUGUUUCGUUGA